CAAUCUUGAGAACAACAAUGAGAUUUAUUCACUUGCACAAUACGAGGCAAGCAAGCUUAAAGUGGAGACAAGCGACAGUGAAAGCAAUCAAAGCAACAUUGGCGAUAGCUGUGGCAACAACAAUCUCACAAAGAAAAUCAACGAUAACAGCAACUGCAACAACAACGAUAACUCAACUGACGACUAUAAACGGAAAUUAUUAGAGUGCAGUAAAGAAUCAAAACUGAAACAAGAACAAGAAAAUCCAGAAAUCCUUAAUAAAUCUUGCAAAAUUGCGUUGCAUUCGAUCAAAGCAGCCAACUCACCACCGUCAACGCAUACAGACCUAACCACCGACAACAACGAUCUCAACGAGGAUCGUAAUAUAAACAUAACCAACAACAACAAUACAACUAAUAAAUUAUGUUCCUCCAUUAAACGCGAAAAAACGUGUGCAAUUAAUGCAAAUCCCUCUAUUACCAUUACCACUACCUCAGGCAACACUAAUUGCGCAGCCACACCCCCAUUAGAUAAUACCACGAAAUUGAUCGACUCUAAUAAAACGAUUGUAUGUGAAAAGUCACUUUCUCCAUUGCGUCAGAAUUUACAAUCGAAUUGUUUAAACGGCAGCGACAAUAAAACCAACAACAACAAUAAUAACACUAGUGUCUCGAGCAAUAAGAAUUUGCUUCUAGCAAAAUCGCUCGAAGAGAAACGCCCCAAGUCGGUCACCGCAUCGGUAUUUCGUCCGGCUACAUUGGCCGAUUUGAGCGGUACACAUACAACAACGGCAACAGCAACGCCGCUAUCGCCGCCACUACCAACGCUCGUACCAUCGACUACGAGCACUUCGUCGGUAUUUGUGAAUGCAGCAAAUGCACCGUCGUUGCCGCCGUUGAACGCCGCUCCGCGCGCCCAAUCGGUAACGGCUUCUGUAUUUACGCCGAUUUCGCAGUUGUGUAAUCGACAACAACAACACAUUGCUAAAACCAAUUCCAUUAUAACACCAACAACGGUGACAGCAGCAAUACUCAGUGGCCAACAACAACAUCAUCAGAACCACCAAAACUCACAGACACCGACACAGCAGACACAAGAUAUGAAUAAGUUUUUGUCGUUCGGGGAUGAGACAAAUGAGUUAACAA